AUGUCCGUUUACGGCAGGAUUGGGACGUGCAAGGCGACAAAAGCUAAAGUAGCUAAUGCUAACAGAGUCUGUAUUAGCUAUAAAGUAACGCUGAAAGACUGGAGAAGAAGGCUCAGAAGGUUCAUUUUAAGACUGCACCUGAGUGACCCCUUUACAUGGGCAGCAGGAGAGAUAGCCCGACACAGCCAUGAAGCCACCAGCCACAGUAUCCCCAUCUUAUCUCAGCUGCUAUACCAAAUAGUGCUUUCAGUCCGUUUGCAGUCCACUCACUGCCAGGUUACAGGUCCUCUUCAGAUGGCGUUCUGCCUGGCUGAGCUGCACUUGUGGUCCACCAAGAGCUCACUGCAAGUCAAUGAUACAGAUAUUGGCACCUAUCAGUACUACGAUAAAGGAGAGCCAGCUGGCCCACUUGAGCAUCACUAUUACAAUGAGAAACUGCAUUACUCUGAAGCACGAGGAUAUACAUGGAACCCUAAAAAUCGCAGACCUGAGAAGCUUCGUGAUUCGCUGAAAGAGUUGGAGGAACUGUUGUAUACCAACAUCUGUGUUCACACCAGAUGGAAAAGCAAGCACUGUUGCCAGUUGAUUUUGAGCAAUGGAAUACUUGUAACCCUGUCACUGAAUGGACCUCAGCUGGAACAAGUGUGUGUGGAUCGUACAUUAGUUGGACGACUUCCAGCCAACACUGUGACUGAUGCAGUCAUCACUGAUAGGCUGAUGUUGUUGUCUUUCCUGGAGAAAAGCCAACUCUGUGCAAUAUACAUCAACAAAAAGAACCUCACUUCAUCAGAGACUUUACGAAAAGUAGAGAAACUUUCUCCGUCUGACAUCAAGAUUUUCAGUGUGGACGUGAGUGGCCCUGGGCAUAGGCUACACAGACGAGUCGCUCUCAAUCAGCAACAAGAUGUAGCUCUGUUUUGGUGGAGCCAGGAUGAGAUUGAAAAAGAGCUGUGGCCAUGGGAUCCUACCGACGCACAAUGGCACAACUUGGUUCUGCUCAAUUUGUCACCCAACGACGGUCUCAAGGUUCUGAAUUCCGUACGCACUGAGGGGACUCCAAACAUCAUCAGAGGGCCCACCUGCUGCUCCAGUCACCCUUCAGAGAGCAUGCUUCUCCUGGGGUUAAAGGAUUCCUCUCUGGUGCUCUACGACCAGCGACGGGGUGUUUCUCUUCUUGCAUCUUGCCUUGUGCCCCCUGCCCUUUUGGCUUGGCAUCCAUCUGGGGCUGUGGUGGUUGUUGGUGGACAGGAUGAGCUGAUGUGUUUCGAUGUAGGCUUGGCUCCAUUAGGCUUGGCAUUGGUAAAUGAAGACAUGACAUCAGCUGCUACUCUACCUCUUGCCCAACACCUGCGCCUCUCUGGAAGCCUGGAGGGAUUACACUGGGGCUCGGGGCUGGAUGGAGAUCCAGAGGGCACGAUGACCCUAAUGUUGACAUUUCACACGGGACCUCUUGGUUUAAUGAGAUUUGGGGCUUUGUCUGGAAGCCAAAUGGGUCCAGAGAAGCUGCUGCAGCAAAGACUGCGCUGUGGUCAGGUGCAGGAGGCUCUGGGUAUUUUGGAGGCUCUGGACUUUAACACUACAGGGGACCAGUGCUUCAGAGGCCUCAGCUCCAUCAUCAACCACCUGCUCAGACUUCCGCUCAACACUGAGAGAGAGGAACAACUUGAAGCAGCCCUGGGUGUGUUUUAUGCUGCUCCUACAACUUUAUGUGAUGCCGUGAUUUUGGAGUAUCGUGAUCCCGUGAGAAAGUACGCCCGUCGCUUUUUUCACCACCUCCUCAGGCACCAGCGUUUUGAGAAGGCCUUUCUACUUGCUGUAGAUUUGGAGGACAGAGACCUGUUUAUGGACCUCCAUUAUGUCGCCAGCGAUAAGGGUGAGGUGGUGCUCGCCGAUGUGUCCAGGAGAAAAGCUAAUGAAAUCGAGGCCCAGGUCGACGCAGGCUUGACGAGUGGAGCUAAUGGUGAGCCUGCUCCCAGCCUUGGGGCCAGAGCCAGUGCAACAGGACCCUGGCCGCCCUCCGCUCUCACAACACGUGACCGAAAAUUAAGUCAGAGAAGUCAAGUGUCUGAAGCCCUGCGUGUGACGGUGAGCGCCGAUGCCUUCAGGACUCGCAGACACUACGGUCUUUCAGAAGCUGACAAAGCCACUGCAAUUGAAGAAGAUGAAGACCCUGGGACCCUUCAAGUAGUGCAUUUAGGAAUGGUUUGA